GUAAAUAAUGCAUGUCACAUAGCUGCAGGUAGUGUGAUAUAGUGUACACUUGUGAAACGCGCCAGGUAUCGGAAAUAUCCUAUCGGAGGAUCUUUAUAGGUCGGAGAGUAAGCAUCCGUUGCGUUGUCAUGGGUCAGUGGAUUUGACUCAGCUGCUCUUCGAGUACGACACGAACGCUUGAAUAACUAGGACACGAGACAUUGAAGACCACGUGACUUAGUUGUGGUGCACAGGCCAGUUCUCGAAGAGAGCGUCCUGUUCUUCAGGAAUACGAUACGCCCAGAUAAACAAUACGACACGGAAGCUUGUGCAUAGUCGAGAACAGCUCGCGACAGUAACAGCAGCACCAUGGCAGACCGUCUGAACAUAACACUCGAGGCAGGGGAAGGUACGGCUGAGACUUUAACAAUGGCCGCAGCCGUCACGGGAGGAGUCAACAAUGAGUAUGAAAGUCAACCGAAGUCAGAAGGACUCAAAACAGAUCUGGCAAAAGCUGAUAUAAAAAUAAAGGGCCCCGCCAAGGAUGCUAAAACUAAAGACGUGAAGCUAUUUGGGCUUGUGGAAGGUGGGAUUGGAAACAAAGUCAAAUCCCAAGAUACUAAAGCCAACGACCAAGGUCAAGGGGCUCGCUACAAAAUGGACUCAGUCCCGAGAGGCUGGUGUUAUAUAUUCAGCAAUAAGACCUUUGAGGAUAAACCAUCACAAACGAGAAUAGGAACCGAGAAGGACAGGGAUGAGUUGACGAAAGUGUGGAAAAAGCUCAAUUUUGAAGUGAAAUCGUUCGACGACUCCGAGGCUGACGUGAUGGAAACGAGGAUUAAAAAACUUGCCAAAAUGGAGCACAAGGCCCAUGACUGUGUCGUAGUGAUCUUUCUGACCCAUGGACGAGAUGGCGCGGUGCAGGGAUCUGACAACGAGUGGCUUGAAGUCAGUACCAUUACAUCCUACUUCAAGGCGUCAGCGUGUCCGUCACUGGCCAACAAACCAAAGCUGUUCUUCUUUCAGUCAUGUCGAGGCAAAGAUAUUCAAAAAGCCGUUCCGGUUCAAGGUGAUGACGGCGGGAGCGCUCCUGCCGCAACAGAAAUUAUAGUUCAGGCUGACAAGAUGGUGGCUCCAGAGGCAGAUUUCUUCUUUUGUUUCGCCACAGUGGCGGGGACGCAGGCUCUCAGAAACACCGAGACUGGUUCCUGGUUUAUUCAGGCACUCGUCCAAUCUCUGCAAGAAUCUACAAAGAGUGAUGACCUGGACAGUAUAAUGACGGCCGUGCGUCAAAAAGUGAACGACCAUCAAGUUGAAACAGUUAAAGGGGAGUUUCUCAGACAAACGGCUGAAACGAAGACAACCCUGUUGAAGAAAGUGUACUUUUGAUUGGGGUUAUUCUAUGAUAAAUUGGGUAGACUGUUAUCAUUCAUUAAACCAAUCCGGUAAACGUGGUACCCCCAGCUGAUAAACAAGGCCAGCAAGAAGAAGUCAUUUUAAGCACCACGCGUCGAUGCAAUGUCUGUAUUCUCCAUCUUAUAUUUUAUUUCAGUUCCCAAUAGGUUCAGACAGGGCUUUUGCAAUGAAUGGGUGAUUCUGUAGACGAACAUAGCUGCCAAUCAUCUAGCAUAUAUGAUACGUGGGGCGUUUCCCCCAAGCAUGGUAUUCACACGCCAUUUCUAAAGUUGCCUCACUGAGCAAUACUAGCGUUACCUGAAUGGUUAUUUUAAUUCACGUGCAAGAAUACUCUAUUUUACCAUCAACUCUUUCAUGUUCAUGGGCUUCGAGUUUCACAAUAGCGAACUAACACUGACGCAAAUAUCUAUAUAUAUUGAAAAAAUAUAUUUAUUGUUCUCUGUAGUAUUUACACAAUACAUUCCAGUUUGCUCAUGGUAUUUUUUGUAUUUAUCCUUUUUUGUUUAACGCAUGGAUAUCCUUGUUGAUAUAAUUGUUCCCCAAUACUCUAAUGCCAUGUUAAGAGUCAUUAAUGCUAAUGUAUUAUAAAUAAAAAUACUCAGACGAGGCGUAAAUUCAUUCUCCUUUUAGAAACGAUUUGAGCAGCCAAAUAGGUCACAAAUUUGCUUUCUAUUGUCAUAUGUCGGUUACAAAUGUGUCUUCUGUGAUGACUUCGUUAAGCACCUAUUGCUUUACUGAUUGAACAGAGAACUGUGCUUAGUGAGUCUCUAUUUGAGAAUGUUAGGCUUGGCACCCAUCUCAGACUUCAGGACACUUUCAGUGAUGACGUCAAGAUUCUGACACAUUUCGGUGCCAUUACAGAUGUGGUCCAGGACAUGACACUUGACAGCUGGGCUACACUCAUGAGUAUCGUGGCUAAACAUGUCAGCUCAUGGAACUUAACAUCCAUAUUGUAUUUGUGAAGCUAUGUCACACAUCAUGUAAAUACAGUUUUACGCAUCACUUUAUUACUGCUUACCCAGUUCAAUUUGUUGUAUUUAUAGUUAUUUUGUCAUUUCCGUUGACAAAUAAUGUCAUGUAAUUGUAUGUUCUACUCUCAAAAGCAUUGGGGGAUAUAAAAGUAUUCAUUCAUUCAUU